AUGGCUUCAUCGCAGCUCCAAAUACGCCCACCAAUGGGUCUCCUGACAACAGUGGCCGAUUUGCCGCCAAGCUACAAAGCGCAAUACAUUCGCUCUACGACCAAACUCACCCCCGAGUCGCCGCUUGAUUUGACUGUUAAGCAAACCUUCGGUGGAGCAAUUACGCCACCCUUGACGCCUUCACCGCUGAAGAAACGCUAUCGUGAGGAAAACGAUGAGAAUUAUGACGGAAAUCGUAUCAAAAAGGUUAAAAUCGAACCGAAAGAGCCCGAUGAGAAGGAAUCAACUCCAUCGAAACCAGUCAAAACAGGUCCUACUCAUAGAAGCUCGAAAAAUCCGCCAGCAAUGGGACCAAUUUCAAAGGAACGCCGCACAAAAGCAGCCCGAAAGUUGAAAUUUGACGAAGAGACCACAUCGCCCGUCUCCGGAACAAUUAUAAUAUCGCUGGAGGAGGUCAUCAACAGUGAUAUUCCUAGAGAAUCUGGAGAUAUCGAUCCGCAGUUCAAUCUAGUAGAGAUAUCAGAUGAAGUUCGUGCUGAACUUGCUACUAUUCCAAACGUAAUCGGUGCCUAUAAUUGUAAACUGUGUCGCCUGGAGUUCGAAGAUGCCUUUGGUCUCGCCCAGCACCGCUGUGCGUGUAUCGUUUUGUUAGAAUAUCGUUGUCCAGAGUGCAGUAAACGUUUCAAUUGUCCAGCAAAUCUGGCAUCGCAUCGUCGAUGGCACAAACCUCGCGACCAAGUAGCGAAGAAAGGUGAUGCGGAAAAAUCUGGUGAUGAUUCUGAGUGUAAAUACCGCUGUGAGCAAUGCAACAAAACGUUCAAACGCCCUGCCUAUCUAAAGAAGCAUCAGUUAACACAUAAUAAAACUAAAAACAAACCUAAACAUAAUCAAUCAAGUGCCGAAUGCGAGCCAAAUGCCAGAAGCAACAAUGUGACUGGGUAUCCCAGCAGCAGCGGUGAGGAAUCAAACAAUUCCGCCGACAGUCGCAAUACUGUCUACGUAAGCCAUAUGACUGAAGUGCCGCAAGCUGUGUUCACCGUCGUGGCCAGUGAACCUCCCCAACGUACCGAUCUGCUUCAUCAUAAUUACCACGCACAACUAUCCGGUCCAUCGUCGCAACAUUCAACCACUACCACUGAGUAUAAUACAAUAGAGGAAGACGAUGACUACGAGGAACGUGCUCUAGUAAUCAACGAAGAUUACCAGGAACAGGAAAUGGAGGAGAUUCGUUCGGCUUACUGCGAUCGAUUCACGGAAGAAGAAAACAUUGCAGCGGCAGCUUUGGCUCAUCUACGUAAUGGUCCAUCGGUGAUCCGACAUACCACCGCUCUGGUUGUCUAA